AUGCCUAACAACAACAAAAGAUAUUUUCUCAUAGGGAACCAGGCGACUGAGCCAUUUCGAGUUGCUUUUGACAUCAUCGUGUCAGAUGAUAUUUGCUGGAUUUCAUACAGAGACCACCGUGACACACAAUCUUUGGAGAGUUCUAGAAGAAAGAUGACAGGAUUAGGAAAGUUGGAUACAAAUCAGGUCCAAUCACGCAAUGCAUAA